AUGGCAUUAAAAUUUGCUGCCAAUUUAUCGUUUGCCUUUCAGGAGCAUGAAAAUUUUCUGCAGAGAUAUCAGGCGGCGAAAAAUGCAGGUAAUGUUAAUGGCUGCGUGAACUUAAAGAAGAUAGAUACUAGAAAAAAGUUAAAGAGCGAAAAGGCUCGUUAAAUUCUUAUGCAAGUUAAAAUCCCUUUGUGUGAUGGAAUUUUAGAUGUUAGCUUACCUCAUCUCUUUAAAAUAGUUUUUAUUUUUCUCAUCAACUCUGAUGUCUUUGAGGGCAAAAUUUAACAAUAAUAAUAAUCAUAAUGUCUUAAAUUUCAUUUUCCUCUGUGCCAAACCAUUAUUGUUCAUCUUUAUCAAGGAUAAAAUUGAACCAUAGCAUAUAUUAUAAAAAUUAAUUUUUAUUAUAUAAACACCAAUGAAAUACCAGGUGAGCUUUCGCGCGAAAACUCGAUAUCUUCACAUGUUAAAAUAACAUGUUAUCUUCACAUGUGAAAAUAUCGCCUUUGCUAUGGCUACAUAAUAAAUCGCGCCUUUCACACCAAAAAACUAUUUAAGUGAAAUGGUUUGGUAUUUCAUUGGUAUUUUUUUCAUAAAUAGAACAUUAAAUGGCCACUUGGAGAAACGAAAUUUCUCUUCUCAUGUUGAAAAAAUAUUUUACUCGUUCGCUGCACUCACUCGUGAAAUAUUUUUCAACACUCGAAGAGAAAUUUCGUAUCUCCAUGCGGUCAUGUAAUAUCCACUAUAUAUUAUUAUUUUAUAUGUCACAGGUUUUAAAGGUGUGGAGUCAGGUUUUCCCUUGGACAUCCCAAUAGAUGAAUUGUGCAUUGCUCGAGAGAGUGCACAAAUAGAACAUGUGCAUAUGAAUGCUUUUGAUGGUAAGUUCUGGGGUGCUGGACCUCCCCUGGGGGGGAGGUACUGAAGGAAUGUUUGGGUAUGGAGAAGCAGCUUGGACCCUGAAACCCUUAGUAAGCUCUAAGGGGACCUUUCCUAAAACAAAGACAGGGCUGAGCUGGACUAUUGCUUCGGUGAUAGGGCAACACAAUUAUUCAUGAGUUAUGCAUCUCAUUUUUUCAUAGCACAAUUUUUACACUCUCCUCCUUCCUUAUAUUUAGUCCUAUAAUACAAGCUUUCAGCUUUCUGAAAGUGUCUUUUUCCACCCAAAGGUAAUUCUAAAGGACUAGCAGCAGUACCAGGUAGAGAAGAAGAAUUCAAACAAUGUUUAGAAUUGUCUAUAAAAUAUGCAGAAGCCCUUAAAUGUACAAGGUAAUUUAUAAUAAUUAUGAUUUUGUUAAAUCAGUUUUACUGAUAUACAGGAAAAAAGCUGUGUAUAAAACUUUUUUUCCUUUUUAAAUUAGCCAAAAAAGGUUAUAAAAUAAGAUAUAAGCUAAUUAGCUUCAAGCUACAAAUUGAAAGGGUGUGUGGAAUAAAGGUCCCAGGUGGGCUCUUAUGAACUGCCAAAUUCUCCUUAACUUCCAGACACACUGCUUGUAGUCUUUAAUUCAGUACUCUUGCAUUUUUAGAAACAUAUAAAUAUCCAAUAAUUUUGGCAUAAGAUAAGUCAGCUGAUUUUUUGGAUUUCACACAACGUUACCCCGUGACAUCUAAAACACGGCUGCGAGGAAGACUAGUCACGUGGUGACCCUGAGCUACAAGGGGGCUAUUCCUGAAAUUUUUACUGUCUAUCAUAAUUUUUAGACUGCACGUGUUAGCUGGUGUGUUGACUGGUGGUAUCACUAGCAAAGAUAACAAGGUUGUGACACUGUGGGAGGAGACCUACAUCAAGAACAUGAAAUAUGCUGCACAAAGACUCCAAGAGGUAAUAAUAGUAAACACUGGCUGAUAGUUUAUCAAAAUCAGGGCCUCUGUGCACUAGCAGUGCCUGCAGUGGGUGCCUCCAGUUGCUAACUUUAAUUUUGCUGGGAAAACUAACUUUUUGGCAGAUUAAGACAUUAAAACUGCAGGGUGCCUAGAAUUUUAGCAUUGCAACGCUUUGUUAGGUACCCCGUAAUUCUUCUAAGAGCACAAUCUUGAACAUGGUUAACAGUUGAAUUCAUUAUUCAGAUAAUUUUAAUUUUUUUACAGUGGUACUUAUGGUUCACAACUUUGAAAUUCUGGGUUCCCAUUGGUCAGUUGAGUUGAGACCUAAAUAUAUUAACACAUUAAUUUUAUCACAUUGUUUGGAGGUGAGGACUUCCCUGUAAGCACACCUAUAAAAGUGGUUGUAUUUUUAAUUUGUUUCAGUCUGGGAUAACUCUUUUAGCAGAACCUAUUAGCACUAUUCCAGGAUACUUUUUGACUAACACACAACAAGGUAUAACUUUUAACUGUUAAUUUUUAUUGACAUUCUUUGAAAUGGCAAUGCUCUGUUGGUUUUCCUCUGCAUUUUUUUAUUAUAACUCUUAAAAAAAAUUUGCUUAAUUGUCGUAUUCUAAUAUUAUUUUGUUAUUCCCAUAAUUUCUCUCCCUUCAAGAGUGAUAACAGUUCUUAUAGGGCAAAAUAUAUAUGGAAGAGUAAUUUAAUGAUCUGUCAUUAACACUCAUGUUUAUUUGCCUAUUUCAAUAUUAUUACAACAUGGCCAUGCAUACAGUCAAUAACUUAAUAUAUGUUUCUUUGCUCUCCUUUUUACUUUACCCUGCAAGUAGAGGCUACGUUUUCGCGAGAAUGUGGCCUCUGCUCGCAGGGUACUUUAACUUCUUCCCCCAAUAACUUUUUGGUGUCUCAAGUUUAGCUUUCACGUUGCAGGUGAUUACAAUUAGUAGGUAGAGAAUAAAAAGCAAGGACUUUAUGCUCAUAGCAGCUGGGAAAAUCUCCUUUAGUAUUAGUGGCAGAACUGCAUGUGGUCCAGGUUACACUUCACCUGGACCUUAUCACAAAGGAGAAGUUGUUUUGGCAUUAAAAAUUUCAUUAUUUUCAUUUUCAUUUUCUCUAUCACCAGCAAUUAAUUUCAUAAAAAAGGUGGAUCAUAGUAACAUGAAACUUCAGUUGGUAAGUUAAAAAACAACAAGAACAAUAUUUUUCAGUUUACAAGCAAUGCUGUAUUUCUCACCAAUUUAAUAAAUAUGACUUACAUCAAGUUGAAUUAAUUUAAAGUUUGACUUGACUAAAUUUAUGGGCUCUUAAGGCAAAAUGUCAAGGAAAUAUAUACUUUGUUAAAUCAAUAGUUUUUAUGAGGUGUGGAGGUGAGCUGCACAGGGACGUAUUAUUAUAACUCACCCAACCUGGUUUUCUUGAAGGGUUAUUUGUUAUUUUUUUUAUAUAGGACAUGUUUCACCAUCAACGGACAAGCGGAAACUUGACCCAAACCCUGAUUGACGCUAUGCCAUAUAUUGGUAAUGUUAUUGUAGAAAUACUACUAUUUGCCUUUACACCACAGCUGAAACUAAACUUCUACUAGUUAAGUAUAUAUAUUGGUAAUGUUAUUGUAGAAAUACUACUAUUUGCCUUUACACCACAGCUGAAACUAAACUUCUACUAGUUAAGUCCUUCUGUUAGCUUAACCAGUGCUGAAAUCCUUGUUCUGGUCCCCAGCUGUGUACCAGGAUUUGAGUAUGCACCGUGCUUGGUUUGUCUAAAAAAAGCAUUGUUUGAUUGGGCGACAAAGUUGGAGGAACAUUCUGAGAGGGACUUCCAGUAAUUUGUCAAGUCCAUUGGGAACCUAGAGCAAGGAUCUUGGUGCUGCUUUGCUGGCAUUACUAACAUGGGUUAGAUAACGUCUGCAGGCUACAUUACUAUAAAAAAAAUUUACGGUUAAUAUUAAAAUGUGCUGGAUAAUGAUCACUGCUUUAAUUUUUAAAUUUUACUUUUAAAAAAGGAAGUUCUUUUUUGGACCUUUAGAAACAUGUUUAAUUUGUUUUCUUUCAGGACAUAUUCAAAUAAGCCAAGUCCCAUCUCGUAAUGAACCAGAUUCUGAUGGUGAAAUAAACUACCCCUACAUAUUCCAUCAGAUCGCAAAAUUAGGCUACAAAGGUUGGAUAGGCUGCGAAUAUCAUCCAAGAGGUAAAUUGCUCAUUAGUUAAUUUGAGAUGAAAUUUUAAGGGUACUUUUGUAAUUAUUGUAAUCUCUGUGGGUAUAUAUGUACAUAGUAAAAACUAUCCACAAAAAAAUCUACGAGAAUCUCGUUCUGGUGGUUAUAUUAUUUUAUUUUCCAUUACUUUUUUUCUUAAACAACAAAUUACAUGUUUUCCUCACUGAGCAAGUUUAUAAUUUUGUCCAAAUUUGCAUCACGGGUGGAACCUGCAUGGAUUGCACAGCAAGCCUGAAACACAAGUCGGUUUUAUAUAUAUUUAUUUAGUAAAAUCCAACUAGUGGUCUAUUAUCAAUGCUAUGUUCUGACUGAUUGAGCUACUACUAGGCUAUAUGUUAUAGCCCCCUAGUAGCGAAAAGCGCGGGCUUUUUGGCGGCAAAAAGGGGUUAAAGUCUAGCUUUAACAUUUCUUUAACAUUUAGGACAAAAUAAUGAUCAUUAGUUUGAGUUGUGGGUACCAGUCGGUAUUUAUCUUUCCUAGUUUUGUUUUUGUGAUGAUAAAUUUAUUUUUUGUUGUUGUUGUCUUAGGACGGACUCUUGAUGGUUUAGGAUGGCUGGCACCUUAUCUUAUUGAUUAA